ACUUGACAGUGUAAUUCCGACAGUGGGUGUAACCACUAGCUAAGCGACGCUUGUAAACGUCAAAUGCUUGGCUUGCUGUUUACGUUUCAUUGUGUUUUUAUUUGCAGCUCCUCAGAUUAUUUAUAAAAUCUAAUUGGAAUUUGGUAAACAACCGUACGCCGUUAAGCAUGAAUCAAUAUCGAAGCGAAAAACAUCUUGCGUAUCUGUAUCCGAUUAUCGCAACGUUAUCUUUCGUGUGUUGCAUAUCGACAACCGUAGCAUGGCAGCACUGGCGUUAUGUUUUGGACACUUGUGUUGAAACGAACUGCGGAUGCAUUUUACAUGGCCGGUCAACACCAACACACUUCACUGGGGGACAUGUCGCGUACUGCCACUGGGCGGCCUAUGGACUAGUGUUACCCAUUAUAUUCUGCUUUAUUUUUGGAAUAUUUCACGUCUUCCGGGUGUGCUUUGGACGCCGACGACGUUACCCUGAGACAGCCACCGUUAGGCAAAGAUCCGGAGACUUAAUUGUAAUGACUACGAAGACCGAUGUGGAAGAAGACGACAUAAAUCCAUACUAUUGGAUACCGGCCAGCGUUAUUGGAAGCUUGAUGGCCGCGCUGACACUCGUACAUGCCGCAAUGUAUUUGGAUGGAUUCUUGAACACCUGCAAGCAGCAACGCAACGAACUAAUCAAGUAUAUGCAGGCCAACGGUAGUUUGGUGCCAAUCAUUCAAAGCCGCAUCUCGUGCUCGUCUGUGUUUGAUUUUAUGGAUUAUUUGCAUCAAGACGUUGCAUUCGAUAGACGCCGCGAAGGAAGAAUCAAUACGGCGGCUGCACUGAUCAUUGGCUUAGUUUGUUCAUGGGUUUGUGUUGGGCUAUGGAUUUGGACGGUAGUAAUUAACGCAAGACGAGCGCGUGCCAGCAAAAACAUGCGAAUUUAAUCCGGAAUCAAGUACAGUGCGUAAAAACUUUGAUCCAUUUUGAUCCAAUAGUAUUAGACAUCGUUUUCAUAAUACCCGGUUAUAUAUGCCAUUGAUACCGAAUGUGCCUGCAUUUUAAAUCGAUGUAAUGUUUACAAAUUUUACAUUUUUACAUAUUUUACCCAGCACAAAUAGUUAGAAUUGACAUCACGAAGCAACAGAACGACAUCAGUUGAAUCAUUUUUCAUAUACAUGUCUUAAUUACAUCUAAACGUAUACCUUUUUAAAUAAACCAUAUUUUUGGGCUUAA